UUCAUUUAAAUUGAGCUUAGUGAUGCAGAUUGCAUUCUAAGAGCUUACGCCAUUUCUUAAGCCAAUUACUAAAAGCUCCUAUUUUAGCGGUCAAAUAAAAUUUCAUCUUUUCCAUUCAAAAAAUUUCAGAGCUGUUUCAGUUUACUACGUUGCAAUUCCAAUCGAGUGGAUAUUUUAGCCGAGCGUGUCUAAAUUUUUUAAAGCGCUUUGUGUUUUUACCAUUGUUAGCUCAGCUAUCUACAUGUGGUAUAUAGCUGAGAAAAAGCAAGGACAAGUUAUACCAUUUACCAUGGUACGUGAUCAGUUGGACGACAAAUACAGAGCCGAUUGCUGAUUCGAAACAUGACUGAAAGUGCUAUUUCGGAAAGCUUGUGCAACACAGAACUGUUCAGUGUACCAUGCAUUAGGAGAUGACCACAACCACAAACAAAUUGUGCUGCCGCCAUCUUAUUGUCCUAUGUCUGCUAUUGGAAGUUAUCUGUCCAACCAAUUUGGCCCAAUAUCCUCUUUAUAAUUUUCCCCUCCUCCCCAUACCCCUCAAAAAUACUCUUUUGUUGUAUUCGAACAGCAUUAUUGCAGAAAAAUGCAGAAAAAUUGAUUACAGUUUGCAAACUGCUUUUUUGUGGUACUAAUUGACGCCUAAAAGUUAUUGUAAUUACUGCAAAAACUUGCACAUCAUUCUGCAGUGGCUUGCUCGAAAAAAAUGAAAAUCUCAUAAUUCAGGUUAACACAAUGGUAACAAUAAUUUGUACAAAAACUUGCGCCUCUAUUUAGAAACAAAAUUUUUCCGACGAUGUUUUAACAAGUUUGCCUCGUCACAUUUUUAUAAUUCUGUUAUCGUUAUGUCAUAGUCGUUUUUGUAAUUUUGUCAUACCUUACAUCGGAGUGUAAAAAUUGUGCAAAUUACUUCAUCUUUUAUUUUGUUCAAAUCUAGGGCGUUUUGUUACGAUCUGCUAUCGUUUAUAUCUGAUCAAAGAUUGAAUAAUUUUAACUAUUGAUAUCUUUGAGGUUAGCACAGAUAUCGAUUUGUCGCUAUGUUACCACGAACCGAGAAGCAACCUCGUAUUAUAACGAAGCUUGAGCAAAAUUUCAUUUUCUCGUAUUAUUUGCUAUAGCCUUUUUAACACUUGAUGAACUUUGGAACCAAGUUCACAAAAGCGACUAAAUUGACAUCAUACAGCUCAUUUACUUUCAUCCUUGUCUCUUAGUAAGUUUGACGAGUGAUGCCAGUUCACCGCACAUUAUCGACCGAUCAAAUCGUACUAGCGGUUGUUUCUGCUGCCGUUGGUACCUUAAUUAUUAUACUACUGGCUAUUAUAUUCUACCUUCUUCGAACCAGAGCUUCGACAUGUACGAAACCGGCCGCUACAGAUGAAGAGAAACGAUAUGUGCUGGACCUUAGCAAACCCAAACCACCGAACGGGGGAUCUCUGAUUUCCACUGUUAUUUCCGAGGGAAAGCCUGGCUUCUAUCCACACGGAGUAAGUCGCCAGGAUCACCUCAACGUGCCACCGGGACAAAUCAAACACAGCCGGGUGCAUUCAUUAUCGGGUGGUCGCAGUAGUCCCUUUGUGAGGGAAAGCUCGGCAUCUAGCUCUUCGAUCCAAACUCCACGGGGUAGUAGUAUCAAAGAUAGAAGACCUUCGGGAUCAGUGUCGCUAACCUUGAGCAUCCCAUCAUCUGCAAGUCAAGCAUCAGUCGCUGGGGGUCCUCAGAAGUCCAGUUUUUCUGGGCGCAGCACGCCGUUGUCUAGGUCGAAUUGCGAUGCAGAAAUUUUAAUGAAAACCUCAAAACCCUUAACAGUCUCAGAACUCGACAAUUUGGUGCAAAAUUUGAAUCUUUUGCCCGAUUUGCCAGUAGAGUUUAUGUCAUUGCCUGCUAAUCAGCAAGAUCGCUCAGAAAUACAAGGACUAGAAAAGCACAAAAAUCGGCAUGAGCAGAUGUUGCCGAACAAUAGCAGUCGGAUCCGACUUAGUGGCAGCCGCUAUAGGUCAGUGAGUUCUGGAUAUAUCAAUGCCAAUUUUAUCAGUGGCUUACAGAGAGAGCAACAGUUUAUUGCUGCCCAAGGUCCCUUGCCUUCUACUUUAGAGGAUUUCUGGUGGAUGAUCUGGCAGGAAAACGUGUCCAUUGUAGUGAUGCUGACAAAACUACGGGAGAGGAAUAAAACCAUGUGUGAAAAGUAUUGGCCAAUUACUAAUGCAACAUUUGGUGAUAUUGUAGUUAAAUGUGAGUACAGUUUCAACCCCAAGUCGAAAUAUCAGCUAAAUGGAUUUCUCAUAGCCGAGAUGGAAAGUGCCAAUCAACGGCACGUUCGCCAGUAUUGCUACUCGGAUUGGCCCGAUAAAGAGGUCCCCGAGGACGCCUCGGCCCUAUUCGCCAUGAUGGAGGCCAUUACGAAACACCAACGUGAACAGAAUAACGAGUCGUGUGAGACAAACUCGGUCUCUCCGACGCCUCCGGGUCCAAUAUUAGUCCACUGUUCUGCCGGAAUCGGACGCACCGGGUGCUACAUAGCUCUAAUGUCGGCCAUUGAAAAAUAUGAGACGGAAGGAAAAAUCGAUAUUUUGGGCACUGUGGCCAAAUUGCGAUUAGAUCGAGGCGGAAUGGUUCAAACGAAAGAGCAGUACGAGUUUAUCCAUAAGGCCUUACUUCAGUAUAUCAAAGAAAGCGAGUCAAAGCAAAGGAAAUUUUUCACUGAAAGCGGCAAGGAACUGUGAAGCUUUCAAUGAGUCAUUUUUGCUCUCGUUUAUCAAAUGCCCAUUCUACGAAACGAAUAGGCUGGAACUUUGCACGGCCCAAAAUUCCGAUCCCAGGAACUCAAAAAUAACGGCGACUCUAGGUAUCUUAUUUAGAUUUUCAAAAUAUAUUCUGAUUGAGAGUGAUUUUUUUUUGUGAAAUAUCUGUCCGUCCAUGUUUAGAUUGAAUUUAUUCUUUGAAUUGUU